CCCCCCGCCCCGGAGGAGGAUGGCAGCCGGCGAGGAGAAACGGCACCUCCUGAGCGAGGGCGCAGCCGGGUCCUACGUGGGGGCUGAGCAAAAGAACGGGCACAACUCGGUGCGGGGACAGGCGCCCGCCCUGGAGCUGGGGACACGGCGUGGCCAGCACUGCCACACCCGGGGGCCCGACGGCCACCCCGGGCAGCAGCAGCGGGCGCGCAGGAAGCUCUACCUGGCCGCUGGCAUCUGCCUCGUCUUCAUGGUGGGGGAAGCCGUGGGGGGGUACCUGGCACACAGCCUGGCCAUCCUGACGGACGCAGCUCACCUCCUGACAGACUUUGCCAGCAUCAUGAUCAGCCUCUUUGCACUCUGGGUGUCUUCACGCCCACCCACAAAAACCAUGAACUUCGGCUGGCACCGGGCAGAGAUCCUGGGGGCCCUGCUCUCCGUGCUCUCCAUCUGGGUGGUCACGGGGGUCCUGGUCUACCUGGCAGCCCAGCGCCUGCUCUCAGGUGACUACGACAUUGAGGGUGGGGUCAUGCUCAUCACCUCCGCCUGCGCCGUGGCCGUCAACAUCGUGAUGGGGUUGGCUCUGCACCAGACAGGGCACGGGCACAGCCACGGGGCAGCCGGUGAGCAGCCCAGUGCCAGCGUCCGCGCCGCCUUCGUCCACGUCGUGGGAGACCUGCUGCAGAGUGUUGGUGUCCUCAUCGCGUCCUACAUCAUCUUCUUCAAGCCCAAUUACAAGUUCGUGGAUCCCAUCUGCACCUUCCUCUUCUCCGUGCUGGUGCUGGGGACGACGCUGACCAUCCUGCGCGACGUCCUCCUCGUCCUCAUGGAAGGGACCCCCAAAGGGAUGGAUUUCAACGCGGUGCGGGAGACGCUGCUGGCGGUGCGGGGGGUGGAGGCCGUGCACAGCCUCCACAUCUGGGCGCUGACGGCAGCACAGCCCCUGCUCUCGGUGCACAUCGCCAUCAACGCGGCUGCCAGCGCGCAGGAGGUGCUGGAGGAGGCCAGCUCCCGGCUGCAGGGCACCUUCCACUUCCACACCACCACCAUCCAGGUGGAGAGCUACUCCGAGGAGAUGAGGGACUGCCGGGAAUGCCAGCCCCCCCGCGACUGACUCCUCUGCUGGCU